GGAUUCAUCUGGUCGCACUCGCACGUAUCAAUGCUGGUCAUUCGCCGUCCUCACUCGGCUUUCUGUUUCUGCAGCUAAUCCCGAAGCCCAAACCCUCCGCGGCCUUCACUCACAUACAAAAUCUACCAGCGACUACUACUACACAGAAAUCACACUCGUCGGAGACUAUUGUUUCUUCGGUGCUGCUGCAUCCGUCGCCUCCAACAAAUCAUGUAUCGGACCGCUGCUUCACGCCUAAGAGCUCUCAAGGGCCGGACGGGCAAUGGAGCAUUGAAAAGAUUUGCUAGUUCUGCUGCUGUUGCAACCCAAUCAUCCUCAGGGGGUUUCUUUAAUUGGCUGACUGGAGAAAAAUCUUCUUCACUUCCAUCUCUGGACUUCCCACUCAAAGAUGUUACCAUCCCACCUCCGGUCCCUGAUUAUGUUGAACCAGGGAAGACCAAGAUAACAACUCUUCCAAAUGGUCUUAGAAUAGCCUCAGAAACAUCAGCUAACCCUGCUGCCUCCAUUGGGUUGUAUGUUGAUUGUGGCUCAAUCUAUGAAGCACCUACUUCGUAUGGUGCGACACAUCUUCUGGAACGCAUGGCCUUUAAGAGCACAAAAAACCGAAGCCACUUGCGUGUUGUACGAGAAGUUGAGGCAAUUGGCGGCAAUGUGACAGCCGCAGCCUCUAGGGAGCAAAUGGUUUACACAUAUGAUGCUUUAAAAACACAUCUUCCAGAAAUGGUAGAACUUCUAGUUGACAGUGUGAGGAACCCUGCUUUCCUGGAUUGGGAAGUUAAAGAGCAGAUUGAGAAGGUGAAAGAAGAAAUCAUUGAGUACUCCAAAAACCCCCAACAUUUGCUUUUGGAGGCAAUUCACUCCACAGGCUAUUCUGGUCCAUAUGGGCAUCCACUUAUGGCAUCAGAAUUUGCUGUGGAAAGAUUGAACAGUACAGUGCUGGAGGAGUUUGUUGCUGAAAACUAUACUGCUCCUCGUAUCGUCCUUGCAGCAUCAGGUGUUGAACAUGAUGAGCUAUUGAAAUUUGCGGAACCACUUCUCUCUGACAUGCCUAAACUUCACCGCUCGGAGGAGCCAAAGCCUGUAUAUGUAGGAGGUGAUUAUCGUCGUCAUGCGGAUGAAGGGACUACUCAUUUUGCUCUUGCCUUUGAAUUACCUGGGGGAUGGCUGAAGGAAAAGGAAGCAAUGACUUUGACAGUGCUUCAGUUGCUUAUGGGAGGAGGUGGAUCCUUCUCAGCUGGUGGUCCAGGGAAAGGGAUGUACUCAAGACUAUAUCUUCGUGUUCUGAAUGAGUAUCCACAGAUGCAGAUGUUUAGUGCAUUCAGUUCCAUUUACAACAGCACUGGUUUAUUUGGAAUUCAAGCAACCACUAGUUCUGAUUUUGUGACAAAAGCUGUAGAUGUUGCGGUAAAAGAACUUAUUGCAGUUGCAAGCCCUGGAGAAGUUGAUCAGGGACAGCUCGAUCGUGCCAAACAGGCAACAAAGUCUGCCAUUUUGAUGAACCUCGAAUCAAGAAUGGUUACAUCAGAAGAUAUUGGUAAACAAAUUUCAACAUAUGGAGAGAGGAAACCUGUGGAGCAGUUCUUGAAGACCAUAGACGAAAUUAAAGUACAAGACAUCGUCUCUGUUGCUCAGAAACUUAUUACUUCUCCUCUUACGCUGGCAUCACAUGGGGAUGUUGUAUAUUUCCCAAGUUAUGAUGCUGUCAGCCGAAGGUUCCAUUAGGAAUGAAUCAUUUCUUUUACAGUCCCGCAGACGCCAGGCUGCAUUUUUCAAGAUUUUGAGCUGCCUUGUGGCCUCUAGUGUUGAUAAUAAUGAAUUUCGCAACGCUUAAUGUGAACAUAAUAUGGAAAGCUGAGCCAUUUGACGCUUGAUGUAUCCUUAGGCCAUUUUUUUUUUUGGGGGGUUCGGAAAGUUUUAAAUUUAUUGAACAAAUUUAUUUUGUCGACUUCUAAUCAUUUUCAAACACAGAAGUUCUUAUCUUUCCCUUGGGA